AUGGUGCUUCAUACAUAUCGUAUCUUCUUCUUAAUUGCGUUAUUAUUUCCCCUAUCGGAUUCAGAUCUCAUCGGCGAGCUUGUUUCGCUCCGAUCAGCCGCCGAUUCAGGCGUGAUCCGUCUCAACGACGACGACGUUUCCAAAUUCAUAACCUCCGUACCAACUCCGAGACCUUACUCUCUCAUCAUCUUCUUCGACACCGUUGAUGUCCACAGCAACAACCUCCAACUGUUCCGCCGCGAGUUCGGACUCGUCUCUUCCACUUUCAUCGCCAACAACAACAACGGAUCUAACGGAACAAAACUCUUCUUCUGCGAUAUCGAAUCAACUCAAUCCGACGCUUCGUUCCAUCGCUUCAACAUCGAGUCGUUACCGCACAUUGCCCUCGUUAGCCCCAUGACGGAGAAUUUAACAGAAUCAGAUCAGAUGGACGGUGAAGAUUUCGCCGGAUUAGCUGAAUCGAUGGCAGAGUUCGUCGAACAUUUAACCAAACUCACCGUUGGUCCAAUCCAACGGCCACCGUUUCUAUCAAAGACACAAAUCGGAAUCAUCGUAGCGCUGAUCGUAACCUCUGCUCCGAUACUUAUCAAGAAGAUUAUAAAAGGAGAUACACUUCUCCAUGACCGGAGAAUCUGGUUAUCCGGUGCGGUUCUCGUCUACUUCUUCAGCGUCUCAGGGACAAUGUAUAAAUUUAUCAAGGACAUGCCAAUGUAUAUCAAAGAUGAUGAAUAUCAAGAAAAGUUUGUUUUCUUUAUCGAAGGAUCAGAGAUGCAGCUUGGAACCGAAGGGUUCGCUGUAGGGUUUCUGUACACUGUGGUUGGAUUGCUUUUGGCGUUUGUUACUAAUGUGCUUGUUCGCGUUAAGAACAUCAACGAGCAAAGGAUGACCAUGUUUUUGUCUCUGUUUAUAUCGUUUUGGGCUGUGAGGAAGGUUGUUUACUUGUGUAAUUGGAAGACUGAUUAUGAAAUUUUCCCAUAUUGGCCAUCAAGUUGGCGUCAUUGA